CCCUGAACGAUUCUCUCCCCUCUCCCCGUGUCUCAGGGCUGACAGAGGAGCCAGAGAUCCAGAUCUCGCCAGCUCGGGGGCUGCCAGGGAUGCUGCUGGCUGGGGAGCCGGUGACUGUGACCUGCACGGCCCCUGGGCGCUGCUCCGGGCCCCCUCCCCGUGUCACCUGGACGGGGCCCUACAACGACACAGCCCGGAACGUCUCAGCCCAGCUGGCGAACGGCACCUGGGCCCACAGCUCCACGCUGAGCUUCACGCCCGGCCCGGGGGACCACGGCAAAGAGCUCGUCUGCAGCGUCACCUACAGGCCACCACGGGGACCUUCCACCCGCAGAACCGUCCGGCUCCACGUCACCAACCCGCCCGGGCCCCCCAGAAUCACCGGGACCCUGACCAGGAACGGACGCCCCGUGCCGGAUGCGUGGGGAGCUGAGGGCGACGUUGUGUCUCUGGAGACCCAGGAGGGAGACUCCCUGAGCCUGAGCUGUGAGGCUGGGAGCAGAGCCGAGGCCACCCUGAGCUGGGCCAAGGGGAACGAGUCCCUGAGCUCUGGCCAGGGAGGGGCUGGGCACCUGGAGCUGCCAAAUCUCAGCAGAGGGGACGCUGGGGAGUAUCGGUGCUGGGCGAAGAAUUCCUACGGGUCGGCCAGCUGGGUCCUGCGUGUGCACGUGCAGCAAAGCCCCCGGCCGGGGACCGGGCUGAACUCGUCCUGCCAGCGCCAGGGGCCCAACAUCAGCUGCAGCUGCUCCCUGCGCUCUCAGCCCCCACCCCAGCUCCAGUGGCAGGUGGACGGGGAGCCCCUGGCUGGGAACAGCUCACGGGGGGGCCUGCAGGUCAGCUCCUGGGCCCAGGGGGACGAGGCCAUCAGCACCCUGAGCUGGAUGGGGAGUGGGAACGGAGGCCACCAGAUCUUUUGCCUUGGCUCCAACCCCCACGGGUUUCAUAUUUUACUGCUGAACCCACCGGAAACAGCUCCCACAGGUGGCCUCACUCGGGCAUUUAUCGAAAUCAGCUGCAAACUCGUCUUCGUGGCGACUGGAUUCUUCCUGGCCUAUUACCUCACCCUGCUCUAUUAAAGACGGACACCCUGCUGCACUCGUGGAAGCAGAAGGAAGGACAGGCCGGGGGUCAGGGAAUCCAUGGUGCCCGAGUCUGGCGUGUAGAUCGGGCCGUUCCUCAGCCACCGAAGAGCCGACAAGGAACUGGAAUCUCACAAGACUGAGGAAAUGGAGAAUGAGACCUCAGCUGGGGGCACUGCCACCCCCGGUGAGGCCGAUGGGCCCUGUUGCCUCCCACGGUGUUUAAUUUGUAUUGAAAGAGAUGCCAGAGCUCAGCUGUGGCUCAAAUUAAGCCCUGGCAGGGCGGCCUGAUACUGGCGGGUGCUGGCCGGGCACCCAGCUCUGAAGGCAGCGCCACCGCCAGCAGCAGCGCAGAAGUCAGGGGGGCCUGGCACAUGGGGUGUUGCCACCCUCCUGCGCUGCUGCUGGGGCUUGUGGUGCCUGGUGCUCGGCAUGUGGCUCAAGGCUUCGCGCUCUCACACGUGGGCUGCAUCUCGCCAGAGCCCACGGCCUCCUGCAGCCCCUGGCCACUCCUGGCUCACCCAGGCGGGCACCAGUUCAGAUUUGGGGUGGGGGGAGGAAACUUUAGCCAUGAUUCCAGGGACUACUCAGGCACCUGAAAACUCUCGGGGCUUUGCAGAUAAUAACAUAGGGAUUAGCUGACAGGAGCACUGUAUCUAGCUGUUAUAUAAAGAAAGAAAAAAUAUGUACAAAUGCCAAUUAAAGACACGUUUGAAGUUUAUAUGUAAAUUUAGAAGAAUCAGAAGCUAAUACAGCAAGAUAUUCCCAAUCCCAAGCCAUGAGGUAUCAGUUCUGAAGCUUUAAUGCAGCUAUCAGAAACAUACCUAUGAGACUUCAC